AUGUAGAAUCAAUAACCAAUAAGCGAUGUUUCAAUCGUCUCUUUUGAUAGAGAAGAAGAAAAACAACCAUCAAAUCUACCGAGUACUAAUGACCAAAAGGACAAAAGACUUAGUGAGUAGAUUUAAAGCAAAUAUGUGCCAGUACUUGCUUCAAAAGAGGGGACAAGAUCUAAUAACAAUGAUGCUCAAAAAUAAAAUGCUGCUGGAAGUAAUGGGCCACCGAGCAAGCAAUAAACGGUUAUUUCAAACUCAAAUAAGAAAAAUAGGAAGAAAACAAAAAAUCCUAUCUCAGCUCUCUAGGAGCCAAAUCAGCCCCCAAUUCUGAAUCAGACCAAAGUCAUCAUCAACAUUUCUAAAUGCUCCUAUGACAUUGUCAAAGAGGUAGCUAAAGAAGAUCUCAAAUGGAGGGUGUCAAGAAAUGAAAACUUCAACAGUGAAUGGGAUGUAUUCUUCGCAGAGUUAGGAGUGGAUUCAGAUAUGCUGUCUCAAAUGAAACCUUAUUAAAAAAUCAAUCAUUUCCCAGCAAUGUAUUUGAUUGCUAGAAAAACGUUUCUUGGUAAAAACUUAAAAAAGUUAUAGAAACUAUUUCCCGAAGAGUAUGAUUUCUUUCCAAGAACUUGGAUUCUUCCCCAAGAGAUAAAUGAUCUCAGAUAUCAUACUCAGUAGUAUUAUAAGAGAUUAAACUAGCCAUAGAAUACUCUUGCACCAGCUCAAGGUAGCAGUAAUUAGUAAAAUAGCAAAGUGACACCUCCUCCAACUUCUUAUAAAAUCAAGUCUUCCGAAUCAUCUCCAAAGAAAACCCCUAAAAAGAAAAGACAAUAUUUGACAUUCAUAGUAAAACCAGACUGCAUGUCUUAAGGUAAAGGAAUCUUUCUUACCAAUAAUCUUGAAGAUAUUCCAAUUACUGAGAGGAUUGUGGUCUAGGAAUAUAUGAAAGAACCAUUUUUAAUAGAAAAUUUGAAAUUUGAUAUUCGACUGUAUGUCCUUAUUACUAGCUGUGACCCUCUAAAAAUCUUUUUAUACCACGAGGGAAUCGUAAGAUUUGCUACUGAAGAAUUCAAGCCAAACAGUACAAAUUAGUAAAAUAUUGAUAAUAUGUUCAUUCAUCUGACCAACUAUGCCAUCAAUAAAGAUAACUAGGAUAAAUUCAAAUCAGCUAAGAAUGCUCUUGAUGAUGAGGGCCAUAAAAGAAGUUUCGUAACUGUUAUAAACAGACUCAGGAACGACGGGAUUGAUGUCGAUAAAUUGAUGGUUGAAAUUAAAGAUAUCAUAGUCAAAACAAUGCUAAGUAUAUAGCCAGAUCUAGUUCACAACUACAGGACCUGUUAGCCAUCAGAUAGAGAGGGUUCAAUGUGCUUUGAACUUUUGGGAUUCGACAUCAUUUUAGAUAAAUAUGCCAAGCCUUACUUAUUAGAGGUCAACCAUGCUCCAUCAUUCAAUACAGAUACUCCACUUGAUUAUCUUGUGAAGAAACAAUUACUCUUUGACACUCUUAGACUUCUAGGAGUCUCUAUAGAAGAAAAGAAGCAGAAGAUCCAAUAAAUUUUUGAAGAAAAACAAAAUAGGUUAACCUAAAAAGUGACACUAAGAUAAAAACUUGACAUGAUAAACUAGCAAAUGAAAGAGAAACUAAAAUGGAAGGACGAGUAUGAACAAGAAAAUAUGGGUGGAUAUGAUAGAAUAUAUCCUGUCGAAGAUAACGAAUCUAGACAGUCAAGGUAUAAUGACAUUGUCAAAGCAGUGUAUAACUUUGAAGCUGAAAUGCAAAUUAGAAGACUUUAGAAGGAAUAUGAUCCAAAGCUGUACAAAUUUUAGCAAUAAUAAGCACAAAACUAGAUGAACAACCAAAUACCUAGUAACAACAACAAUAAUAAUAACUAUAGCAAUAAUCAAAAUUAAUUUAAUCAGACCUAAAAAGGGGCAGUCAUCUAAUUUGGUCAAACUUAAUCCAGCAUGAAUAAUAGAAUGUAGCAGUAAACAUCAAAAGUAUAAGAAAUGCUACGAUACUAAUCUCAACAAAGACCAAUAUUAAAUAGAAAAGAUAUCCACAUUAUAAAUAACCCUACUAUGGAAUCUUAAACACUCUAAGGAAUAGCAACACCCACAAGUAACAAUGGCCUUAAGACUUCAAUAAUGUCUGAGGAGUAAAUUAAACCUGAUUUUAACAGUUUGAUGCGUUCAAAUGGGGAAGUUGAAGUUCAAAUUCAUAGCCAGCUAAGUAAUACUUAGCCUCUAAAUCUUGAUUCUACAUUAAGAUAACAGGAUUAAUAAUUUAAGGAUUAUGGCCAGGCAGUCAUUAACAAUUACGAAUCAAUCAUUGUGGAUAAUAUACUCAGUAACAUGAGAGAUUCAGGAAGAGAAGAGAUUAAGCUUGAUAAAUCAGUAAUUGCGAAUCAGCAGAGAUCAUACAAGGAAUUAGCCAAAAAUAAUAAUGAAAAAAGUAGGGUUCAAAUUCAGCAGUCUAAUCACAUGUAUCAUAACUCGAAUUAGAUUCAGAAUAAUACAAACACAAAUUCUAGUACUCAGUUCAAGUUAAUGGAGAUUCAGCAGCCUAUUUAGGUAACAUAACCAAAUUAGCUAGCUAAAUGGAUAUACACAUGGGAUAAUCCAGCUAAGCAUCCUAAACUACCAUUGAGCGAUCUACUUCAAACUAAACCUGUUCCUGUUUCAACCAAGAACUAAACUAACAAGCCAAGCGCAUUCAAAAUACACCCUAAUCCUAAAAAUGAUCAGCUUCCUAAGAAUUCUCCGAAUAGACCAAAUAAUGACUAGAAAUAAAUGGGUCUGAGGCCAGAAGGAAAUAGCACAGUGGUUGGAGCAUCAAGCAGUAAUUUGCCAGCACUUCACACUAAACCUAAUAAAACUCUCAAUGGUUUCAAUAAGCUAACCUAACAAUAGCAAAUCUUAGCUAACAGUUGGUUCUAGACUACAAACCUCAAUUAGCUGAAUAAGUUCUAGAAAUAAGUAUUGUUUGAGAAUAUAUUUGUAAGUGAUCAUAAGAGAAAGUCCCUAGAGAUGAUUCAAAAAGACACCACCAUUAGUAAUGCUAACAAAGCUUAACAGCAAAAUGCUGCCAGACUUGAAUUAAUAAAGAAAAAGGAGCAGUUCAACAAAAUGCUAAAUUUGCAUAACCUAGAUAAAAACGGAGCUAUUUAUUAUGCUCAAUAAACAGGAGCAAACCCAUCUCAAAGUAUUAUCGGAUUAGUUCAGGGACUAAACACUAAUUCGGUAAACUACUUCGCCUAGCAAAACAAAUAAAUUGGUUACUCAUAAAUGAAUGGGUUACAAAACAUCCACAAAAAGAAGCAAUCAAUAUCUUAGAAUUCUAAGAUUGACUCGUCAGGAUAGCAUACAGACCUUAUAAUGAUUGAGAAUCAAAACAGUUUCUUCAGGUAUCAAAAUGCUGCAACAAACUAAUCAAUGUAAGUAUCCGGUGGCGAGAUAAAAUUCCAUCAUAGUGCACCCAGAAGAAACGAUGUCAUCAUGGGCUAAGUCACCAAUAACUCCUACCACAAGCAAAACAGCAAGGAUGGAAUAUGGCAGCCAAACAAUGGUCUAGACGAGCAGAAUAUCAUGAAGCAGUCAGUGAUCUUCAACAACAUAAAUCAGAAAAAUGAAGGAUUAGGAAAUCCUAGUUAGAUUCCCUUGCUUUAAGGCAAUGGAUCUAAAAAUAGACUCAAGAAUUUGGAAUCGAUCAAGAACGUCAGCAACAAUGCAAACUAAGAGUCCCAAAUGAACUUCAAUAAUUGUAAUUUGACAAUAAUAAACAAUAAUCAUUUCUAUAACAUCUAUCAAGGGUAGCCCGAUAAAGACAAUCAAUGA